AUUCUAUUAAGAAUAACAUUGCCUUCAUUUAGGUGUUCGUAUCAUACCUUCGAUUAAGGGUAAGAAUAUAGAGCCCAUUUUAGUAGGAUCUAUUAUGUGCUGCUAUAUAUAAUUAGCUUCCAUUUUUCCAACCACAAAAUGGUUUCCAAGUUCCAACACAUUUUCCCGACAAAGAAACUCAACUAUUCUUAUGGUUUCUAAGUAGCCCAACAGCCAGAUGACGAAGUGUAAGCAAUAAACUCUGUCGGCUAACAAAGCAGAAAUGUACAAUGUAGAUAAUGGCUGGUUCUUAUUCACACCAACUUCAAAGUGUAGAGAAAGCAAGAAAGAAUGCAAUUCCUGUGAAGAAACAUGGAAGCUCGAAAGUAAUGAAUUCAUAUCAGCCUUAGCAGCAGGCUUGAAUUCGAAACUAAUUGUAGAAGUCACUUCCGAGGCCUCUUCAUCGACAGUCGCCUUAGCAGCAGCUGCUCGACAAACCAGAGGAAAGCUCCUGUGCAUUCUUCCUGAUCCAAGAACUCUAGACAAAUCUCUAAAGGUGAUUCAAGACUUGGGCCUAAAUGAAAUGGUCGAAUUUAGAACCGGAGAUCCUAUCGAGGUAUUGCCAAAUUAUGAGAACAUUGAUUUCUCCCUGGUAGACUGUAACACUGAUAAAUACGGAAGAUUGGUCGAAAAGCUAGAUGUGAACUGCAAAAGGUCAAUUGUGGUGGCGAAUAACUUGGUCGAGGGGAGAAAAGGGGCGGAAGGUCUUUUGAAAGGAGUCGAAACUAUGUUUAAAGUGCAGUCUACAAAGCGUCCUAUUGGUAAAGGUAUGGAGAUCACAAUGAUCGGGAAGAGCAAUGAGUUCGGUAAAAGAGAACGAAGCAGACGAAGCCGUAGUCAAGCAGAGCGAAAGGGACAAUUCGUGAAGAAGACAAAUAAGAGCAAAUGGGUUUUUGCAAUUGAUGAGAAGAAUGGAGAGGAACAUAUUUAUAGGAUGCCUAAAUCUCUGUAAGCAAGGAUGAAAAGACUCUGGAAAAAGAUGUGAUUUCCACAUUUUCCCCUUCCUGCCUAGCAGCACAAAAAAGGGUCCAUGAGAACAUCAAGUUGACAAUCAAUCCAACAUCUUAUAUAAGCUUGAGGAGUUGGGAUCGGAACUUGUGAAAACAUGUUGGUUUUGCUUGUGUAAAAAAUUGUGUGACAAAGGAAGAAAUUGGCGUGUAUAUUCAUGUAUUUACUUAUUUUUUGAAGUGUUAGAAAAUUUGUCUAGGGAAAAUGUGUUUACGUUGUCGCUCUCUUCGAACUACAUUCUAAAAUACAAUGAAAUUCAACCCCGGUUGUUUAUGUGGUUUCAUCUUUAAUGACUGAACCAGAAAUGAUAGAAGUA